UUUACAUUCACAAUAUUAUCAAAACUGUGCCCCAGCUUGAUCUUGUCACUGCCAUAAAGCCCCAAUUUAUCCCGAAGAAGAUCGGAUCCCACUAGAGCAGCGAUUCGACCUGACUAGGGUUUACGGAGGCCAUGGCAGGAACUGGGAGUUCCAUGUUGUAUUCUCUUCUUCUGCUCAUUGUCAUUCUCUCGCUGCAAGAAAUGUAUAGAGGGAAGUUAGCAUCCACCGAGUUAUUCACCAUACUUGGAGGCUUUUCCAGUUCGCUUGUCUUUCUUACAUUGCUGACUUUCAUUGGGAAUUAUCAAGAAACUAUUGGCGUCAAGACUGGGUGGGGGGCCGUUAUUUUCUCAGAGGCAGUUGCACUUAUUGCUGCUAGCACUGUUCAUCGAGUCUGUAUCACAACAUGCUUCUUGUUUUCUGCUGGACUCCUCUAUGAGACCAACAAGCUUUCUGGGACGAUGCUUUCAAGAAGUGAAUCUAAAAUGAGGAGACACUGAGGAGCACAAUCGGUCUUUCGGAGAUUUUGUUAAGUUUCUCCAAGUUUAAAUUUGUGACUUAAAAACAUUAUCGUGAGUUCAAGUAGAUUGUUGACAAUUAUCUAUUUAUCGCAUGACACUGUAUUGUAAUGGGAACACCAGCCAAGGAGACAUCGAUGACACAUUUGGUUGGCAUUCUGAACCCCAGAAGAGAAACCAGGGAGAAGCUUUUUCUUUUUCUUGUUUGUUUGUUAGGAGGGAAGAAGAAGCUUUUCAUUGCAGACCUUUCAGGUUGACGUCAUUGUAGGUGAAGGAGUCUUGAUGCCAAAUCUAACAAGGGGGGGAGUGCCUUGGCAAUAAGAAAGAUAGUGCGUGGUCUUAUUUUGCCCAAAAAAAUUAAUCACCAGUGUGUGAGACAUCUAUUUAUUUUCAUUGUUUUCACGGUAAGGAAAAAGCUUUUGCAUUA